AUGAAAAGUCUUAAACAAAAACACACUCUGAGUGGCGACAAGUACAGACUACUCGUCGCCAAGGUUGUCCAAAUCGAUGUCUUUCAUGAAGGCAUCAUCAUUAGCUGGUGGAGGUGGAAGUGGAGAGUCCUCUCAAGGAGUCUUCCAGACUGGCUGCUCGCCCAGUAUCAGCAGGAGCAGGUGAUGCUGGACCACCUGCAUACGCCGAGAUCGGGCCCGCUACCUCUCGAUGUGAGCGAGGGUCACUCCCUGCUGGGUCUCCAUACGGCCAAGGAGCUCGUUAUAAGCAUCCAUCCUGGUCUUAUACUCGGCCUAGUGAGCCGAGUACUGCUGCUGAAAUUGGAUAUGAUGGUCGAGGAACUGCUGAUUCUGGAGACUCAGCUGCUGGAACUGGUGAGUGAAGUAGUCAUCACCUGGGAAAGUGGAACUGCUACCCCCGUACUCGAAGGUGGUCUAGCAGGGAGCAGCAGUAGUGUCCACAUCCUCGGGGUGGACAUCCUCAGUGCAUAUGCAUAUGCUGGAUCGUGA